AUGGCCUACAGGAUUUCAUCAGACAUCAAAACCUGCAGGGAGACGUUGAAAAUCGCUUCUGUGAUCGAGUCGCUGGGCUGGAGCGGAAAGAAAGACAAGAAAGCUGCCCUGCCCGAGGUCUUGUCCGUCAUGGCCAAGGACACUUCCGGAACCCGAGUGAAGGUGGAGGAGGCAGGCCGCCAGGUGGACGCCGUGGUCCUGAGGAAGGCCAAAGACGGCGCUCACUUGCUGGGAUGCAUCUCCACCGGGGCUGAACCUCGGACCACCUGCAAAGGGAAGAAGGCUCCCGGUGGCCCGCUGCGGGGCUGGGGCGAGGACGAGGAAGAUGAGGGCGGCCUCCUGGAGCUAGCGGUGCUCCUGGAUGCCCAGGACGUGGCUGAGGUGAUAGGAAGAAAAGGAAAAGGCCUGGUAGAGCGGGAGGUUCAGAUGCGCCAAAGGCAACCUGGGGGAGGUCUUGGCGCUGCGGGCGGCCCGCGGGAAAGGGAGUCGGAGGACGUGGAGAGCGAGGAGUCUGAGCCCGAGGACCGCGCGUCCAGGAAGCCCCGGGCCAAGCGGGCCCGCCUGGCCUUUAGGGCCCCGGAUCGGGCGGGCUGGGCAGCGGCUCCCGCCCCGUCGGGGACCCGCAAAACCCGAGGUGGAGGCGGCGGCCCCGGCGGGCUGGGCAUCCCUUCCGAGACGGAAGCCCAGGACGAGGAGGCAGGAAGCAAGAGCAGGAAGGGGCGCGCGGGCGCUGGGGAGCAGGCCAAGGGCGGCCAGCCCAGGGCUCGGCCGCCCGCCGGCUCCAAGUCCACGCGUGGGAAGAAGGCUGGUCGGGGCAAGAGGCUGCCCCCCAAGUGCCUCUAAGGCCACGGCGAGGCUGCAGCUGCCGGUGGAGCCCCAGUUCCGCCCCUCGGCCCUCCCCGCCGCGGAGGCGGCAACCGCUGAACCGUGGGCACUGAGCUCUAAAGUGCGCGCCCGCCCACCGCUCGCUCCCCUGUCCUUUCAGUCCCUCCGUUGCAGGUGGCGCGAGCGAGCCCAAGGGAAGAAGGAAGAGUGUAACGGGCGCCCGCGGAGGCAGCAGCCCUAGGUGAUGGGACGGGGUCUCAGGCCCCCCCCCAGCGGGAUUGUCUUUGGGUCUCCCGCGUUAGCGCAGGGGUGAGCGUGUCCGUGGACACCGGGCACUGGGGGAGGCCAGCAGUGCCAGUGAGUUCUUUCUGGCUGUUCGUAGAGCCCCGAUCCCUUCCAGACUCAUGCU